AUUUGGCCUAUGUUGAAUUAUGGUAACCUGAUUCAAAGAAUGUAAAUGAUUAAGGGCCUAGUUUUCCUAAGACACGGUGAAUUGGAAUUUAUUCAUUGUGGGGCCUUUGGAUGGAGGUAUCGGGUGUUAUUUUUGGGAAGGUACUAAAACCAUGUAGGGGUUUAAGAACCCUAGGACAGAGUGGUAAACACAAUGUGAAGGGGAUAACUUUUGCCAAUGGAUAAAGGAUUAUCUAGUGCCAUAUUCCACCAUGGGUUCUAACAGGGUGGGAAAAAACUGGAUCUGAUCAGCCGGUCAAUCUGGAUUGGAUUGAUCCUGUAAAGAAACUGAGCUUUAGGGAUUUUUUAGUCAAUUGAAAGGCCGAUAAUGGACUGGUGAGGUAAUUAAUCUAACUCGAUAAAAGAUUGAACCGGACCAAAAUUGACCUGUCUUAAUAAUUUGGUUUUGAUUUGGCCUAAUAUCAGAUCAAAACCAGUUCAGCCCGAUCAAGACCAGACUGAACUGACCGAUUGCCACCGUUAGUAACCAAGAGCGCAUAGAGGGGUAUUUAUGGAAACAAAAUGGACAGAUUGUGAUUCAGACUCAACAGAGACUUUUCCGGCUAGGGGCAUAAUGGUCAUCCAGGAAGAAUAUAACGGAAUUAUGGGAAAAAAGGAAAUAGAAUUUUAAAAACCGUUAAAAGACGUUGCUUCUCCAAAACUGGCGCUAUUUUUAGAGGAGGAAAUAUGGAGCUGACUGAGUCUAAUCAGAGAUUUAAUCGCUAAUAUCUUGGAAUUUGUGUUUUGCUGUCUUCACUCUUCCCUACCCCUUCCCUCAUGCUCUCAUUUAAUUCAGGAAGUAUAUACCAGAAAGCCAUGUUUCAGCCUCCACAUUGAUGAUCUAAUCUCUCUCUCUCUCUCUCUCUCUCUGUGAAAGCUCUUUAAGGGAACACAAGGAAAUGUCGUGGACACCAUUGUUUCUCUUGUUCAUCUUGUUCACUUGCCAGGUUCUUCUAGGUAUAUCCAUUGCUACUGCACUCAAUGUUGGUGUCAUGGAAGUCAAGGCUUGGAAGAUACAUAUUUGUUUACAACACACACAGAUUCUAGUUUCUGCAAGCAAUGCUGUUCUUGUGGAUGGUGACGAUUUCCUGGCACUGGUUGGAAAUGGGACACACCUAGUUGGAUAUCCUCACACGGAUUUGAAGACAUCCAUUGAUACAGCAUAUGAUACUACUCAGAUUCAGGAACAUAUUGUGAUGGCUGGUAAAAAGUUUGGGGUGAAGCAACCUGUGAUUCCCUUGCCGAAGGCUAUUCGACUUGGAAACGAUGGGUACAAGUGUCCCGCACCAAUCAAAAAGGGGAGCUCAAUGCAUGUAUGUCGUGUCAGGGACCCAAAAUUCAAGACCAAGAAACCGAAACCAACAAAGUUCUUACCUCUACAGGAAGGUGAUCUCUCCAUCACAUAUGAUAUUACACAAGCUUCUGAUGGGAACUAUCUUACCCAGAUAACCAUGGAGAACAAUCACCCUUCAGGACAUCUUGAUCAUUGGAACUCGACUUGGGAAUGGAUGAGAGGUGAGUUCAUAUACUCAAUGAAAGGAGCUUAUACUUGCAAGAAAGAUCCUUCAGACUGCAUUUACGGCAGCGCUGGAGAAUGCUACCAGGACUUUGACUUCAGUUCUGUCAUGAAUUAUGAAAAGAAGACAGUCAUAUCUGAUCUUCCAGUGGAUAGAGCCAAGGAUGAGAAAGUUGGAAACAUUCUAUACUGUUGUAGAAAUGGUACUUUUCUACCAACCACCAUGGAUAAGAGCAAAUCCAAGGCCGCCUUCCAAAUGCAAGUAUAUAAGCGCCCACCUGAUUUGAAUCGGACUGCAGUAUAUCCUCCGCAAAGAUGGAAAAUUAGUGGAGUUUUGAAUCCAGAUUACAAGUGUGGAUCUCCAAUUAGAGUAGACCCAACAGAAAUUCCAGACACAAGUGGGCUUGAUUCAACAACUUCAGUUAUUGCAACUUGGCAAGUAGUCUGCAACAUCACUAGGCCAAAGAGCAAGAGCUCUCACUGCUGUGCCUCCUUCUCGGCCUUCUACAGUGAUUCUGUAAUCCCCUGUAACACUUGUACCAGUGGUAGUCCUAACUAUUGCACUUGCAAUCCAAACUCAAAGGCUCUGCUUCUUCCUCCAGAAGCCCUUCUUUUUCCUUUUGAUAAUAGAACAGAGCAAGCCAGAGCUUGGGCUAAAUUGAAACACUAUUCCGUUCCUAAUCCAUUACCAUGCAGUGAUAAUUGUGGAGUUAGUAUAAAUUGGUACAUUUCCUCUUAUUACAGAAAAGGAUGGACAGCUAGGAUCACUCUUCUCAAUUGGGAGGAAAUAAGUAUUGAAGAUUGGUUUACAGCAAUCCAAAUGAACCAGCCAGUUUUCCGUGGUUAUGAGAAUGUCUACUCAUUCAGUGGAGCGAAGGUUUCUGAACUCAGCGACACCUUCUUUUUCCAGGGCUUACCAGGUCUGAAAUACCUAAUGGGAGAGACCAAUGUAACAAAUCCAAUAUAUGGUCCAAGGGUACCAGGUAAGCAACAAUCAGUAAUUUCCUUCUCCAAGAAACGGACUCCGGGCAUAAAUAUAGUAAGAGGAGAUGGCCAUGGAUAUAAUGUUAGCCUUCUACCUGUAAUUGUCAUUACAGUAAUGACCACCUAUGUGCUCUUGACCGAGCAUCUAUAGUGAUGAUCAUUCAUUUAGACCCUGACAAUAUUUUCGGAGCCUAACUCUUUGGUAUUGUUCUUUUGGAGACAGUUUAAGAUUAGAUUUGCAAAGUUUAGUCUUCAACCUAACAGAACCCGUACCACCCACAUAACCUUCGAACUGAUUUCUUUCUCUGAACCUUUUUAAGUUAUUGGAGGUGCUGUAAACUUGAACAAGUGGAGAAAGAACCAUGGAACUGUGACUGCGAUAGGAAAUCUAAGCCAGUUUUGAUAAUGAGUUGAUUCCUGGAUCGCACACGAGAGGGUCUAGCUAGUAUAAGCUCUUCAAGGAAGGAAAUAUGAUGAUAGUGUGUAGUUCCAAUUUCUAGAUACAGAUGAAAAUGGAUUUUAUAUGAUAUGUAAAGGGAUUCUUCAAGGCUAUUUACCCAAUGUACAUGGACUAAUUCAUCAUUUUGUUUCUCCAAAAAGUUUGUAGAUAGAAGGGUUCUUCUUGUCUUGCUUAGGGUGAUCUCCUGGUCCAAGAGCGAAGUGUAGUAUUCAUGUAAAGAUUGACUACUGGGAAAGAGAAAUUUUGGGUUCAA